GAAAAACAAUACAACGUGUGUGUGUUGUAUUUCUGUUUGUUUAUAUUACAGAAUUUGAGUUUUGCAAUAACUUUUUACAGGUAUAAGAAUUUAAAGUAAUGCCUCGACCAAAAAAGACCGAUAGACAGAAAAAGGAUGACAUUUCAGUCGAUCUUCAUCAAGAUCGUGAAGAGUUUCUUCGUGCCUUCGAAAAACCAACCCAAAUUUACCGAUUUUUGCGAGCACGACAUUGCAUUUCUCCGAUAUUUUUGCAUCGCUCAUUGUUCUACAUGCAAGAUAGAUGCUCUAGAACAAACGGCAGAAGAAAGUUAUUUCGCGUGAACAAUCUGCUUAAGUCCUGCCAAUCAAAACUACCUGAACCAAUCCCUCCACAAUAUAAUCAACUUAAAAUACUCGUCUCUGCUUUCUGUAUUGACCCGGGAGUAGCAAACGAGAAUUAUCUGCAAAAGAAGUACAGUGAUGUUGAAACAGAGGUAUGCAUCCGAAAGAGUCUACGAUGCAGAAGAAAAGAUAACGAGUCCCAGCAAACAGAGGACCUCAUUGGCUCCACGGAGGUCCCAGUGAACCCUAAAUCUUCUCGCUUUCCCCACGAAAGUGAAGCCAUCACACUUAACACAGAUGACAUGCAAUGCUCCAGAGAUGGCCAGCCAGUGAAAACUUAUACUCUCGUUUUUAGAGUCUUCGAAACGCAGGACGAGGAAAGUGAGAGUGAAAUGGAAUCAAGUGACUUAGAAAUGUCGGAAACUGAAACGAGUGAUGGAGAUGGAAGUGGUAAAAAAAGAAAACGUGAACAUGACCCAGCUGCUGUCUCGUUGCGAAAUUUAACUACUGGCACAAGAAGAAGUACAACCAAUGAUGAUACAAAAAGCAAAGAUGGCGACCGUAGCAGUGUUGCCAGUGGUGGAAGAAAAUCUCGUCGUUUCAGCAACAGCGCAGCACCAAGCGAAAAAACUGCGAUCUAUGAAGCAGAAUUAUCCAUAUUUUCUGCUGAUAAGGAGACUUUACUUGUAGAUGGUGAAUACGAAUUGUCUAUGACAAGAAAAUUGCCUGAUGAAAACGACUACAAGCGAAAUGCGACAUGGGAGGCACUAGAUGGCGGUAGAAACAUUGAGGCACUUAGUGCGAUGAACAACUGCCCUUUACUCAAGUUUUCUCUCAAGUGGUCAGAGGAAGGCUGUAGCGGUCCUUUAGCUGGUCUGGAGUCAAGCACAAGUGAACCUGAUGCAAAGAGAAUGAGGAGAAGAACGAAUAAAAAUUUAGGAGAAGAUGCUUCAGGAAACCCAGCCAGCAAUGUCCCAGUGUUCCCAGUUGAUUCUGUGGAGUACAGGAAAUCAAAUAUGAAGAAAAAAUCGAAUCAAAAUCGUGAAGAUGGCAAUCAACGGAAACAAGUUGUUUUCUAUCAAUUCAUUUACAACAGUGAGACACAACAGCAAACUGAGGCCAGAGACGACCUAUAUUGCCCGUGGUGUCAGUUAAACUGCAUUACAUUGUACAGCCUUGUUAAGCAUCUAAAAGUUUGCCACCCACGAUUUAACUUUGCUUAUGUGCCGCAAGAAAAUGGAUCUUCUAUUGAAGUAUCGGUCAACGAGUGUUACGAUAGUUCUUACUGUGGUAAUCCACAAUUCAUUUUUGCCCAACCUGGCAUGGCUUUCAGUCGUAGAGGUCCAGUUCGUCGCAUACAAGUUACUGACACGCUGGUGUAUCGGCCAAAACGUGAACGACACAGCUUAAAUAUGGAUCUUAACGAACUUCUGGAAAAAGAGGAAAAUGAGACGUCGCCAGCUGCACAUUAUGCCGCAGGCCACCAUAGACUGUACUUCCACAGUGAGACAGUAGUUCCCAUUCGUCCUUGUGAGUUUGAUGUUGAUUCGGAAGAAGAAACUGACCCUGAAUGGCUUCGUGCCCACACCACUAAGAUGUUGGAUGAAUUCACUGAUGUAAAUGAUGGGGAGAAACCAAUUAUGAAACUAUGGAACUUGUAUAUUAUGAAACACAGCUGCAUUGCUGAUGCUCAAAUGUUAAGUACUUGUAGGGAGUUUCUCAACCAAUACACAACUCUUAUAGUGAAGCAUUCAUUACGCCGUAACUUGCUGCUACAUUUUGUUACGCUUGUCGAUUUCGGUGUGUUGAAAGCUUCAGCACUAUGCUCUCUGAUGGACCAUUUUGAUGAAUUAUCUGCUGGUGUAGAAGCACCUGCUCAGCCUAUACAGAAUGGUACACACCACCCAAAUAAUGCAACAACAUCUAUAACAGAACCAGACAUGGCAGCCAAACUAAAGCAACUCCAAGAAAUAAUUGAAAACGAUGGAAUGCAAAUCAAUUGAUUUUUUGGAAAAUUGCUUAUUUCUAACUACUAUGCUGCCAAUAGCUUUAGCAAAUCAUGUUGUAUAGUCUCCAUGCAUUUUAACAUAAAUGCGAGCAGUUUAUUUGUAUAACUUGCAAUCAUGGAAAUAUCAUACUGAUAUAACGUGUACAAAUA